AAAACUCGUUUCAUAUGAAAAAUUUUCAUUCUUCUACGACCACGUGAUUUUUGUGAAGACAAAACGAUGGCUGAGAAACCUGAGAGAAGGAGUUCUUUAUUAAAAGCAGAAUUUCAACGAUUUUAUGACUUAAGAAAGGAUCUUCCGCUGGGUUACAGCGAUAACGUCAUUGCAGAGUUGGCGGAAUGGGAAAAAAAGGUGAUUGCAAUUCGCAAUGAAUAUAAAGAAUUAGAAGAAGAUACCGCCAAGAAAAGCAACACAACUGAAGAAGUGGAAUUAACCGAGGAAUUCAAAGAGUUUACCUCUAAAUAUUUUAAAACGCUUUAUGAUUCCUGCGAUGUCAUCAGGUGUUAUAUCGCACAAUUAAGGGCUGAUAAGGAAUAUGAAGACUAUAGGAAGAAAAAUAUGGAGAGAAGAAUGAGGCGGUUUGAUGAAGUUAUGUUUGAAAAAUUUCAAAAUGAUAAAAAAAAUGAUGACUAAUUUUUUUUUGUAUUACUUUAUAGAAAAAUAGAGAGAUCACAAAAUCGGUAACUGUAAAUAUAAAAUAAUUAAUAAUUUAAUUUAGAACUUAAA